GGUUAUCGACUCUCUCUCUCUCUCUCUCUCUCUCUCUCUGUGACUUCACACAGCCUUUUCCACAGAGAGAGAUUGCUUCGAGACAAUGGAACAAUGUCGGCUUAUAAUAGGGCGUUGGAGGAUAUAGAUGAUGGCUCUCACUCUCUCUCCUCUUCUCUUUCCCUCCCUCUACUUUCGGCGCCCUAAUAAAACCUCCAUCCCUCCCUCUUUCUUUCCUAUCAUCUCUCUCUCUCUCUCUCUCUCUCUCUUUCUCUCGCUCGCGCGCUCCUUCUCUCUAUACAGUUCGUUUCUCCAACAGGUUUCCUUCCUAUGGCUUCUUCAUCCCAAGCCACCCUCCUCCUCCAAAAGCAGCUAAAGGAUCUCUGUAAAAAUCCCGUGGAUGGCUUCUCGGCGGGUUUGCUUGACGAGAACAAUCUGUUCGAAUGGAGCGUCACGAUUAUUGGUCCUCCUGAUACUCUAUAUGAUGGGGGUUUCUUCAAUGCCAUCAUGACCUUUCCGCCCAAUUAUCCAAACAGCCCACCAACAGUGAAGUUUACCUCGGAGAUGUGGCAUCCUAAUGUUUACCCUGAUGGGAAGGUUUGCAUAUCAAUUCUUCACCCCCCUGGCGAGGAUCCCAAUGGCUAUGAGCUUGCUAGCGAACGCUGGAACCCUGUACACACGGUUGAAAGCAUUGUUUUGAGCAUCAUAUCUAUGCUUUCAAGCCCUAAUGAUGAGUCCCCGGCAAAUGUUGAAGCAGCGAAAGAAUGGAGAGACAGUAGGGAUGAGUUCAAGAAGAAAGUAAGCCGUUGUGUAAGAAAGUCCCAGGAAAUGUUAUGACCCAUCCACCAAUGCGUUGCCUUCGCCGAUUGCAGCAGUUGCUCCAACACCAACACCUGCUCCAUCCACCGAUCCAUCCAUCUAGAGUGCAAUACAUUGCUUCAUGUAGAAUUUUAUGCAAGUUCAUACUCUCCUCAAUCUGUCAUUUAGCUCUUCCUUCUUGCACAUCUUUUGAGCAAUUUCAGAACUUCUUCAAAAGAGAAUCAAAUGAUUUAUAAGUAUGGAUAACUUGUUUGUGGAUUA